GUUGGAGCAACAAAGGUUUGAAGCAGUGCGACGUGGGCGGGGCGUGAUCGCAUCGGGCCCGGAGCUUCUAAAAAGACCCGUCCUCCGCUUUUCACUUGCAAACACACCCACUCCGAACCAAAACCUUUCCUGUGACCCUUCUAUCUGCUUAAAAUGUCGACCUUCGCUGAGGCCCCCGCUGGCGACCUUGCUCGCGGCGAGAAGAUUUUCAAGACCAAGUGCGCGCAAUGCCACGUUGCUGAGAAGGGCGGCGGCCACAAGCAGGGCCCCAACCUGGGCGGUCUGUUCGGCCGUGUCUCGGGCACUGCUGCCGGCUUCGCAUACUCGAAGGCGAACAAGGAGGCUGCCGUGACCUGGGGCGAGAGCACUCUCUACGAGUACCUGCUGAACCCCAAGAAGUACAUGCCUGGCAACAAGAUGGUGUUCGCUGGCCUGAAGAAGCCCGAGGAGCGCGCCGAUCUGAUUGCCUACCUGAAGCAGGCGACUGCUUAAACUGCGCGCGGCUUAGCAAGCGGCUUCAUUCAUUAGGCAGAAGCGGGUCUCAAGAGCGGGAUAGGGUUGCAUCUGGGCGCGGCGUGUGUUCGCUUCAGAACGUCCCACCAGAUGCAACAGGCGGAUGUGUUACGAGUGUCGAGUGUGUACUGAUGAUGGUGUGCAUGUGUAACGGCGACAUACGGAUGGAAUAGACAUAUCGUCUUGAAGACUGUCUCAUAGGCAGAGACAUCUGCUCACAGGCAACUUAUUAUGUCUGCCAUGGGCGGUCGUAAAGAAUUCAUCCCUUGCCCACAUUCAGGGGGCGGGGAACGUGUAACGUUUGUACUUGGAUGUAAUGCACCUACUCCCGUGGGCUUGAUAGCUUCCGUGGGCUACGUACGGUAGUCACUUGCAGCGUCAUCUACCGGUUCCUGCCCUGGUGUCAGCAUCCACAACGGUCAGACCGCGCCGGAAUCCUAGAUCUCGUGCACAGAGCGGCCCGCAGACAUAAUAGUCCCAAGCCCCAAUCUUAAUCACAGCAUCUGUAUGUACACUGGACAACGCCUUCCUACGAUCUAGUAUGUAUGCUGCACAGCCAACGGUUUUGCCGGCCUCACUUCUUGGUGCCCUUGCGCGCCGACGCCGGCCGCUUCUUGGCCGAGUCCGGCCGGGCAGCCGCUGCUGACGCGUCCCCUAGGUGCACGUUCUGCUCGCUGCCGACGAAGAUGAGCUCGCCGUCCUCAGCAAACGCAGCGUUGAUGGCGGCCUGCAGCGUGCGUAGCAUUAGAACAGGCGGUUGG